UGACCACUCAGCAGAGAUCCUCCUUGGCCAAGCGGGGAUCGGAAGUGACGUUGUUUGUAACUCUCCAAUAGGCCUAGGCCUAGGCUAUAAAAUUGUGAGUUGUGAGCCUGUGAGGAAAACUUGUUCGGACUGUCCGUUCGCGCAAGCAGAAGAGGCCCUUUUUUUUCAUGACUCAGACUCAGAGAUAUCCAGACGGUCCCAGCCGGCCAGCAGCAGUGUUGACGGAAUCUCCUUCUCCAAACCACGGCGCACGCAGUCGGGCACACAUCUCGGUGGCAAGGGACGACGAUCGCAGCACCAGCAGCAGCAGCAGAGCAGCGGAGGGGACGGAGCCCGCCCGAGGUCGCUGUCACUUCCUGGGAAUCCGUCGAAGGAGGCAGCUGUUGCCAUUAUGAAGACGCACGUGAAGGCGCGCUGUGAGGUGUACCCCCGUGGAGACAUCAAGAGGUUCCUGGUCCCGGACGACAAGGUGUCGUGGGAUGAGCUGUUCCCCGAGUACGCCCCCGUGGAGUAUACGUCUCCAUCUGUCCUGCAGAUGCCCCCAUGGGCGGAUGUGGACUUCAGGCACACGGUCACCAACGGCGAUGACACCUCCAGCCCCCACAGCCCCAAAUGGAACCAGCUGGACGGCAAAGUGAACAGACGCAGCCACAUGGGAUCUUAUCAGAUCUACGAGAAAGUUCCCCGAAACCCGGUUGGUCGGACGGGCAUGAUUGGCCGAGGAACUUUGGGCAGAUGGGGUCCAAACCACGCGGCAGACCCGAUCGUGACAAGGUGGAAAAGAGAUGACAAUGGUAAGGUAGUCAAAGACGCAAACGGCAAACAGAUUUUGGAGUUCAUCGCCGUGCAGAGACGAGACAACGGCGAGUGGGCUUUGCCAGGGGGUAUGGUUGAUGCUGGAGAGGUCGUGAGCAUAACCUUGAAGAGAGAGUUUGGCGAGGAGGCGCUCAAUUCUCUCGAGGCGAAUGAUGCAGACAAGAAGGCAAUUGAGGCCUCGAUAAAUGACCUGUUCAUGAAGGGUGUUGAGGUGUACCGGGGCUACGUCGACGACCCUCGCAACACAGACAACUCCUGGAUGGAGACGGUGGCCAUGAACUUCCACGACGCCGAGGGGACCGGAGUCGCAAAGUUCAAAUUGCACGCUGGUGAUGAUGCGGUGGGCGUGCAGUGGAUGGAAUUGUCACAUGAUCUAAAACUCUACGCCAGUCACAUCAACUUCCUGCAGACAACUGCUGAAAAACUUGGAGCGCACUGGUGACUUGCACGACCAGAGUGAAGGAGCGCAGUGUAGACUUGUACGACUGAGUGAAGAAGAACUGAAAAAACCUGACGACCCCCACCCCCCCCCCUUUUCAGAAAUAGAUGUUGAUGCAUCAUU